CCGGGGCUCCUGCAGUGAUGCCAGAAGGCCCAUCCGUAAAAAGAUUCCAGCUUCUCUGCACUCCCUUUGUCGGGAAGGCAGUGAACAAAGUGGGAGGAAGCACUCGGCAGGUGGACCCAGGCGAUCUGAAGAUGCUGACACUGUGGGAUGCUCAGGUCCAUGGGAAGAACUUGUUUCUGGCCUUCGGUGCCCCUGGGGACAACAGCAAGAGCACAUCGCCGGAAGCGUCUGAACAUGGGUCAACCAGUCAAGGGAAGAUGGCUAGCGAGAGGAGCUCCUUUCUCCCGAGGCAGGAAGGGAAUGAGUCUGAUGGCUGUGAUCCGCAGCGCUGCCUACAAGAGGAGCACGAAGGUGACUUGCCAUCGCUUAUGGACGACGUUGCUGGGCGCCCUUGGGAAUGGCUGCGCUUCCACUUCGGCCUGUAUGGAAGCAUCCGAGCCAGCGAGUUCGCAAGAGCCAAGAAUGCAAACAAAAGGGGGGACUGGAAAGAUCCAAUUCCCAGGCUGGUUCUGUAUUUCGACGAUGGCGGCUUCCUUGUGUUUUACAACUGCCGAAUCCAUCGGUGCUCUUCUCCCACCGCUGAGCCGGCUACUGACAUCCUGAGCCCAGAGUUUGAUCGGGAAAGGGCUUUGGACGCCCUUUGUAAAGCUACCCCUGUGUGCCACACUCUUCUGGACCAAAGCUAUUUCUCAGGACUAGGAAACAGGAUUAAGAACGAGGCCCUGUAUCUGGCAAAGAUCCACCCGCUCUCCCUCGGCUCUCUCUUGACACCCUCGGACCUGAGGUCUUUGCUUGAUCACGCCCUUCAGUUCAGCUUGGAGUGGCUUCACAGCAAGUUGCGGGGACAGAGACUACGCCUGCAGAUUUACAUGAAAGAGAAAUGCCCCGAAGGGCACGAGGCGAAGAAGGGAGCCUUUGGACCCCUAGAUGGGCUGAAGAGACUCACUUGGUGGUGUCCACAGUGCCAGCCUCAAGUGCUUCCAGAAGACACCGGGAUGCCUCCUGUGCAGUGCAGCUGAGGUGCUGAGCUUCCCGCCUGUCCAAUGGCUACAUAUGUUGGGAGCAGGGUUAUGCCAGAAGGGUAAUAUUUGCUUUCCAUUGAAGGCUAGAGAGCCAUCGGAGGCUGUUUGCCUCAGGAAGGUGACCCAAACUCAGCAAAAUCUGAGGUUAAGAUUUGCGAGUGCUUCCCAUG